GUAACUACGUGGGUAUGCUGUAGGAGCUUGUAGAGCUGGUGCAUGUGCGUACAGACUCGUUUCCGGCAGCAAGUGAUAGCUCCCUGGUCAUUCCCUGCGGGCACUUUUUUCCCUCUCUUUUGGCCGUAGGUAUGUGUGGACCCUGGCCCGGAUUCUUGGUAGUGUUGCUUAUUGAUUUCGCCGUGCCAGGCGGUAGUACUUAUUGGACCCUUACGCAGUGGAUGCAGAGGGUGCAGAGUGCAGCGUCGUCCUUCCAUGCAGCCAGGUUGCUAUACUACGCAGUGGCAGUCUACGGACGCAUUAGAUCAGAUGCGCAACCUUGUCGGGAGGGUUCGUCAAGUCUCGAUGUCGCUUGGGUGCGUGGCUGUGGUUGUUAUGGGUUGGUAUGGGUUGGUAUGGGUGUAUGUAUGUAUGUGUGCGUGUGGGAGAGAGAUGGGGAUGGAGCUUGUCUUUUUCCCUCUCUGCCGCCCUCCCUCAAUAUCGUCAAUGUCACCGUCACGCAGCCUAGCACCGUCGCUGACGUACCUAUAUACAAAGUACAUACCUACAUACAUAGGGACCGGAGAAUAGUCCGUUGUUUUGAUCCCAGGAGGAUAUGGUAUUCGUCUAUUAUAGGGAGGGGGGAGGGGAAGGGAAGGGGGUGUAUCGGCCUUGUCAGGCAUUGCAAGACGACCUCGACUGGGUUGCGAAUCGCAGGCACGGGGUCUUGGGGGAAUACGUCGUCGGCAGCUCUCCCAGCUCCACCGCGUUGAUCCAGGCCGAGACUUGCGUCUAUUGCUACAGUAAUUUCGAGUCGAGGCCUAGUCCGUGUAAGUAUGUGUAUAUGUACGGGUGAGGAGAGGGCGGGAUAAAAAAAAUAUUUGAAAAAUAAGAAAUAAGAAAUAAAAAAUAAAAA